AUGGCAAUCCUCGACGUCGACCUGGCCCAGAACAAUAAUAGCAGCAGUGCUCCUCCCUGUCAUGCUCAUGCUCAUGCUCAUGCUCGUCAGCAGGCACACGCAGACGAGCAGCAGGACGCGGAAGAGGAGGAGCAGCAGCAACUGCUCCUCAAGGGCGUGCGCCACCUGUGCGAGCGCGGAACCAUUACGAAGCUGCCGGCUCGCUACGUCCUGCCGCCCUCCGACCGUCCAGCACCCGGCGACCAGCCGCGCAGCAGCAGCUGCAUUUUCCCCGUCAUCGACCUGGGCCGGCUGCGCGUGCCCGCGGAGCGCGCCGCCGCCCUGGCCGAGCUGGACGCGGCCUGCAGGGACUACGGCUUCUUCCAGGUGGUUGGCCACGGCGUGGACGGCGGCGGCCGGAUGCUGGACGUGGCGCGCCGCUUCUUCGACCUGCCCUUCCAGGAGCGCGCGCGAUACAUGUCCGCCGACAUCCGGGCCCCCGUGCGCUACGGCACCAGCUUCAACCAGCUCAACGACGGCGUCCUCUGCUGGCGGGACUUCCUCAAGCUCGUCUGCUGCGACGACCUCGCCGCCGUCGUGCCGUCGUGGCCAGACGCGCCCACUGACCUCAGGGAGGUGGUGUCGGCAUACGCGCGGUCGAGCCGGCGGCUGUUCAGGGAGCUCAUGGAGGCGGCGCUGGAGGCGCUAGGGAUCCGCUCCGGCGGCGCCGCCGAGAUGCUGGCGGAUUGCGACGCCGGGUCGCAGAUGCUCAUGGUCAACUGCUUCCCGGCGUGCCCAGAGCCAGAUCUCACGCUGGGUAUGCCACCGCACUCGGACUACGGCUUCCUCACCGUCCUCCUGCAGGACCAGGUGAACGGCCUCGAGGUCAGGCACGCCGACACGUGGGUCCUCGUCGACCCAGUCCCCGGCUCACUCGUCGUCAACAUCGGAGACCACUUCGAGAUGUACAGCAACGGGCGUUACAAGAGCCUGCUGCACCGGGUCCGCGUGAACUCGGCUCGGCCGCGCAUCUCCGUGGCGUCGCUGCACGGCCUGCCGCCGGAGAGGGUGAUCGGGCCGGCGCCGGAGCUGGUGGACGACGAGAAGAACCCGAGGAUGUACAUGGACACGGACUUCGCCACCUUCCUCGACUACCUCAUCUCGGCCGAGGGCAAGCACAAGUCCUUCCUCCAGACCAGGAGACUCAUCACCAACUGA